CUGGGAAGAGGUAUUGGAAGACACGCUUCGGAUCUGCCCGUAAGCGUUGUCUCAUCAUGGGUGCAUGUAGUAUCUCAAUUCUUUGGUGCCACCGGCAACUGGCUUUCUAAAGCCUCCAUCUUGGCAUUUUUUAUCCGCGUAUUUGGCAGCCUUCGAUGGGUUCGAAUUGCCUGCUAUGCCCUCUUCGUCUUGCUUUCCAUGGGAGCAAUUACGCAUAUAGGCCUAUUCGCAGUGCUGUGUGUUCCGCAUGGACACGAGAUUUGGGAUUUCAAGCUUAUGAUGAGAUGCGGUACCGGUGCGCCGGUGACUGUAGCUGUGGGCGUUUGCAUACUGCUGAUUGACAUUGCCAUUUUCAUCCUACCUUUCCCUAUUAUUUCAAGUCUCAAUAUGGACAAGAAUAAGAAACGCGGCCUAUUCAUCGUGUUUCUAAUCGGCUUUGCCAUCAUUGUUACAAGUACUGUUGGGCUCGCGUACAGAAUUAUUGUCAUGAACAGCACUGACGAUCCAACCUGGAAUGGAGCGAAUGUAUCCAUUACCGCAUAUGUAGACACUUUUGGAACAAUCAUCGUUAGCUGCGCACCAGGUGUGUACAGUUGGUGGCUCAAAAUCUUUUCACAGAGCAGAUUAUACUCUUCUCUUCGAUCCAUGUCGCUU